UUCAACAAAAGCUUUAUUGUUCCCGGCCGUUGCCUGGGUGUUUGUUUUCGUGUUUUCGGUGAGAUGUCAGCGGUGACGGACCCGGACCCGGACCCGGACUCUCCCGGUUCCGACCCGGCUCGGAAGCGCAGGGCACACGGGAUGCUGAAGCUGUACUACGGGAUAAACGAGGAGGGCAAACCGGGGGAGAAACGCGACCCACUGGACCCGUGUGAUAUCAACGGGGCCCGCUUCGAACCGGAGGUGUACCUGAACAAGCUGCGGAAGGACUCCUCGCUGGCUGAGCUGAUGGAUCAGGAGACGGGCAUGGUGAAGCAGAUCCGCUCGCUGGACAGCGACAUGCAGACGCUGGUGUACGAGAAUUACAACAAGUUCAUCUCCGCCACCGACACGAUCCGGAAGAUGAAGAAUGACUUUAAGAAGAUGGAGGAUGAGAUGGACUGCCUGGCUGCCAACAUGGCUGCCAUCACCGAGUUCAGCGCGAGGAUCAGCGGGACCCUGCAGGGGCAGCACCAGCAGAUCACCAAGCUGUCCGGAGUUCACACUCUGCUCAGGAAGCUGCAGUUUCUCUUUGAGCUUCCCUCCAGACUGAACCAGUGCGUCGCGAUGGAGGCCUUCCCCCAGGCCGUCACCUACUACACCAAGGCCCGGUCCGUCCUGCACCAGUACCAGAACAUGCCCUCCUUCCAGGGCAUCCAGAACGACUGCCAGAACAUCAUGGCCCAGCUGGCCCAGAAACUGCGCGAGAAGUUCAGUGACGGAGUCUCGAGCUCCAGCGAGCUGUCGGAAUGCGUGGAACUCCUCCUGCGAUUGGACGAACCGGCUGAAGAGCUUUGUGACAAGUUCCUAAGCCACGCCCAGUCCCGGCUGGAGGAGGAGCUAGCAGGACUGGAGGCGGAGCUGGGGGCGGGGUCACAUCAACAGGCCCCUCCCACUGCCAGUACCAGCUCUACAGACAUCCUGGAGUUUAUUGAUAAGGGCUGUAACAAUUUUGUCAGCAGCCUGUGUUUGGUGAUCGCGUCCUAUCAGGAACUUUUCAUCACCAGUGUUCCUGGCACGUCAGUGAGCAGCCGGCUGCAGGACGGGGAGCUGGCUUCGCGGGACGUCCCGCGGAUGGCCAGCAGCAAGCUGGUGGAGUUCGUGGACAGGCUGUGCGGUCGCUACUUCUCCGUGGUGGAGCUGCGGAUCCGCGAGGAGAAAGGCGUCGGGGACAACUCCCUGCUGGUCCGGGCUCUGGAUCGCUUCCACCGCCGGCUCCAAGCCGUCUCCAAGGUCCUGCCCGGCUCGGGGGUCCCCGCGCGGGGCACCGAGAUCGUGGUGGGGGCCGCCCGGGGCCGCGUCCGGCAGUACCUGGCCGGGCUGAAGAGUUUUUACCUGGACAGCCUGACCGACGUGAGGCAGGCGCUGUCCGCCCCCAGGCUCCCUGGGAAAGAGGCUCCGAGCCUGGCUGAGGUUCUGGGCGGCCUCUCCUCCGCAGUGCUGAACCAGGUGAAGUCCGUGCUGGCUUACGUGCAUCUCUUCACUGCCAAGGACGUGAGCUUUGCCAGCAAGCCCUACUUCAAGGGUGAGUUCUGCAGUCAGGGUGUUCGUGAGGGGCUGGUCGUCAGCUUCAUCCAGUUCAUCUGCCAGUCCUCUCAGCAGUUCUGCGAGAGCGUGGGGGAGAAAGGUGCCCCCUCCACCCCCCCCUCCCUCCUCCUGCUCCUGUCCCGGCUCUGCCUGGACUACGAGAGCUCCACCAUCAGCUACAUCCUGACGCUGGCUGACGAGCAGUUCCUGGGGCAGGACCAGUCCCCCCUCACCCCGGUGUCAGUGCUGUGUGCUCAGGCUCGGGAGGUGGCUCAGCGGCUCCUCAAUCACUAUGUGAAGCUGCAGGGGCUGAUCGUGUCUCAGAUGCUGCGGAAGAGCGUGGAGACGCGGGACUGGAUCAACACCAUCGAGCCACGCAACGUGCGCGCCGUCAUGAAGAGAGUGGUGGAGGACACGACCGCCAUCGACGUGCAGGUGGGGCUGCUCUAUGAGGAGGGGGUGAGGAAGGCUCAGAGCAGCGACUCCAGCAAGAGAACCUUCUCAGUGUACAGCUCCAGACAGCAGCCGCGCUACACACCCAGCUACACACCCAGCGCCCCGAUGGACACCAACCUGCUGAGCAACAUCCAGAAACUCUUCUCUGAGAGAAUCGACAUCUUCAGCACCGUGGAGUUUAACAAGGUGUCAGUGCUCACGGGGAUCAUCAAGAUCAGCUUGAAGACGCUGCUGGAGUGCGUGCGUCUGCGCUCUUUCGGGCGCUUCGGGCUGCAGCAGAUCCAGGUGGACUGCCACUACCUGCAGCUCUACCUGUGGAGGUUCGUCUCGGACGAGAACGUGGUCCACUCCCUGCUGGACGAGAUCGUGGGCAGCGCCGCCCACCGCUGCCUCGACCCCGCCCCCAUGGAACAGAGCGUGAUCGAGGUCAUCUGCGAGAGGGGAUAGGGGUCAAGUCCAGCUCCCGGACCGGGGGGGGGGGGGCCUGCAGGGUCUCGUGGCUUCAAUUCCACCCCCGAGCUCUCCAUCGCUUACCUGCUCUGAUUAUUAAUUGAGAAAAAAAAAUAUCGCGUCCAAUUGAACAAAUAAUUAAAUUGAUGUUAAUUUAAGGAGCUCAAGCUGGGAUGAAAACCAGGUGACCCUCGGACUGGAGUCUGACCCCGCCCCCCGGGAUAAGGGGUCAGUGAGGGGUUGAGGGGUCAGUGAGGGGGUCCUACCGUGUUCAAGAGGGGUCACUUGGGAGAGGGGUGUGAGCGGUCAGUGAUGGGUUGGAGAUGAUUCUGUGUCUCAGAAUACUUUUUUUUAAAGAGUUAAUCGCUGCUAAUCAAUACUUCAGCAGAUCUGGAAUCCCCGCCCCCCUCCGGCACGCACACACCUCCAGUAUGAUUGAUUGUGUCUGUUGAACAACAAGCCUUGAACACACAGUCUGAAUCGACUGAGAUAAAGCAGAGGAUUGAGAGUCAAGGUUGCUGUGUUCUGUAAAUAUGUCACGUGUAUCGUAUCUGGGUGUGUGUUGUAGUGAGAGAAAAAAACCCCACCUGCAGCUGUAAAUGACAAAAAUAAAUCGAUUUAAGACUGAGAUUUUGCACAUUUUUAUUUUUUUCCUUCAGAGCUGCAUUUCGAAAUCUCUCGCCCCCCGUGUUUGCGUAACGCAGUGCGGACAGUGUGUCUCUCUCUCUGUCUCUGUCUCUCUCUCUCUCUCUCUCUCUCUCAACACCCGGGCUUUCCCGUCUGUUGUAACUGCGCCUUGAACAUUGUGAAAGCAGCGGCAGAGACAGGAGUUUUUAAGUCGUAAUGUAAGAACGUAAACAACUUCAAAUGUAAUGAAAUGUAUUAAGACCUUUAGACUGGAUUGCGUUCUAAUUGUAAUUGAACCUGUGUAAUUGUAAUUGUAAUUUCGUGUCAUGUAAUUGAUGGAUCCCGGUUCAAUUACCCCCCUUUUCCAGGCUGAAUCGUUCUCUGUUCCAUGUCAUAGGCCGAGCUAUCGAUCUUCUCUGCUUUUUCAGAGCGUCUCUGCUUCAGCGGCUCUGUCUCCAGCAGCCUGUUAUUAUUAUUAUUAUUAGUUUAUUUAGCAGACACCUUUAUCCAAGGCGACUCACAGAGACUAGGGUGUGUGAACUAUGCAUCAGCUGCAGAGUCACUUACAACAACGUCUCACCCGAAAGACGGAGCACAAGGAGGUGAAGUGACUUGUUCAGGGUCACACAGUGAGUCAGUGGCUGAGGUGGGAUUUGAACCGGGGACCUCCUGGUUACAAGCCCUUUUCUUUAACCACUGGACCACACAGCCUCCAACGGCUCACCAGCCCUUUGCCCUUUACUGUCUAGUUCAGAGAUUCAUCCAUUGAUUCCCACAAGUCUUUUUCUUCCUCUCACAAACAGCCUUCUGUAUUUCGUUUACUGUUCACUCUGUAUCAACAGGACUCUCCAGCCCCUCCCCUCCCCUCGUUCGCUGUAUUUAUCACAUACCUCUUCAUAGUCGUGCAUACCGAUAAAUCAUCUCCUGAUCACUCGUUUUAUCACCAAACUGCUGAAUAAUGCGAUAAUUAUUAUUUUGUAUAAUUAUUAUUUAUUUUUUAGCAGACACCCUUAUCCAGGACGACUUACAAUUGUUACAAGAUAUCACAUUAUUUUUACAUACAAUUCCCCAUUUAUACAGUUGGGUUUUUACUGGAGCAAUCUAGGUAAAGUACCUUGCUCAUUUGCAGCACGCAACUGUUUCAUCGUCUUGUAUGUAAAAAUAAAUAAAUUAAAUAAGUCCUACAAAAAAAUAAA